UGGAUUAUGAAUUAGAGAUGGAGGAUGAUAUUGUGGAGGUCAAAGAAGAUGAAGACUCUGAGACUAAAAGACGAUCUCGACCAAAAGCUGCAAAUCUAAAACACCAAAUCCAGCACAAUCGCCAAAUGCAGCACAAACGCCAAGGUCCUCACAGAGUCCAAGUAAAAGUGAAAGACUACUUACGCUGUUCUGUGUUCACCAUCACCUUCUGCAACUGCCUGUUUCUGGGUACAGCUGCAUUGACAUGCUCCUUGAAGGCAAUGAAUAGGAAGUACAGGAGAGACGUCAAAGGAGCAAAGAAAUUCAGCCGCUGUGCUCUUGCUGCCAAUAUUUGUGCCAUCAUUACAACCAUCAUCACCAUAAUUGUUGUUGCUGUUGUAACUGUAAUUGUUAAGAAUGAACCUGGUUAUUAUUACAGUAGAAAAUGUUAUGUCAUUUAAAUUUUCAGAUUCAGCCAUUACAAUGAAACUUC